AUGUUUGAGAACCAACGCGAUUCUUUCGUCAUGAUUUCGAGGGACAUUCCUGUCGUUUGUAUUGUUCCAAAACUUGCAGCCUGCUACGAAGGGGCCAAAGUCUUGAUAGAAGACCUGCAUUGUCAUCAUUUUGAACUUGCAAGAUAUCAUAGCAAACAAGAUACAGGGUAUGUUCAAGUCAGGGACCAUAUUGUAAAGCUUGUUCAGGCACCUACGCCGGAUGAGUUAAAAGCGCGAGCAAAAAGGAACCAGCAAAUUUUGGACACGCUUUGUUUCGAUGCACUCCACGAUAGAGAAGAGCGCAUUGAUGAGGCUUCUGGCCAAACAUGCGAGUGGAUCUUGACAGCUACGGAAGACGAAAGAUCUCCACCAAUCUGGCAUUCAUGGCUGAACAACUCAGAUGACACCAUCUUCUGGAUGAGUGGACGGGCUGGCUCCGGUAAAUCCACUGUCAUGAAGUAUGCGUUCCAGAAUGACGACACCAGGAAGCGACUUCAGGCUUGGGCAGGCGAUGGCGAACUCUUGAUGGCGGCCGUUUAUCUUUUCGAGGCCGGAAGUCAGAUCCAGAAGUCGCGAGAAGGUAUUUUACGCAGUAUUCUCUGGCAGAUACUAAGUAUCAAACCCGACCUGAUAUACAUUGCAUUUCCCAGCUUUUUUGGGAGCGCAUGGCCGCCUAGCGAACCAUUCAAUACCGUCAUGAACUUGAGUCAGGGAUUCUACUCGCUAUUUGCAAAGAAAUCUGAAGUCAUGAAGCUCUGUGUAUUUCUCGACGGUUUAGAUGAGUAUCGCUUGAUGGACCGAAGGGAUUGUUACACAGAGGAUGACAUGACUCUUGUAUAUGAUACGGAAGACGGAGACGCAGGUCUAGGCUCCAGUAAAUGGAUCACAGAUGCACACAAGGACAUCGCAGAACUCAUCUUGGAGAUGGGAAGCAAGAAGGACAGCUUUAAAAUUUGCGUCACAAGCAGAGAGCUCCCAGUAUUCGAAGAAGCCUUCUGCGAUUGUCCCCGUCUACGAGUCCACCGGCACUCAGACAAAUCCAUCGCUCAAAUUUGUGCUGCUCGUCUGGAGCAAGAAGCACCGGGACUUUCCAAUAUCACGUAUGAUCUUUGCCGUGACAUCGCGUCCAGAUCGCAGGGAGACAUUCUCUGGGCUCGCCUGGUUGCGGAUAUGGUGAUCUCUCAGGGCUCACUCCGAACGCUGAAGCAAACACUUGAUUCUCUUCCCAGUCGCCUUGGCGGCGCCGAGGGUCUCUACAUGCGGAUGAUAGAGAGCCUUAAGCCAAGCUACCAGAAUGCAGCCUACAGGACCUUCCGCCUCGUGCUGAGGGCGAUUCAACCUCCUUGCCUCAUCACCCUAGCUUUUGCUGAAGAAGGGUACCUGGCAGACCCUCACACGGAGCAGGACAAAUCAUCUACGAGAAGGCUUCGUGUUGAGCAUGAUAGGUCUGAGUUGCGCACGGCCGAAUGCUUAGCAGAUAUAUGUCGCGAAAUGAAACAUAGACUCAGGGCAUGCUGUGCUGGUCUUUUGGAAGCAGAAGCAGCAUCAUCUGACUUAAGUCAAAGAGUUGUCUUCAUGCACCAAACGGCCAAGGAGUUCGCUGGCCGUGUGGACGUUUGGGACAAGGUGAAUCAUGGCUUGUUCGACAAUGCAACGGUGGAUAUCUGCCUGUUGAGUGGUUGUGUACGGCACCUGAAGUGUUUUGAUGCGCUGCAACCGAUUUGCCUGUGGCCCACUGUAGGCGUGAAUACAGAGACCUGGUUGUUGAUCGCCAAUGCCAUCCGCUAUGCUGCUAGGAUCGACAAUGAGAAAAUUGAUCGGCGCGCUUACUUCGAUCUCGUGGAUGAGUUGGACCAAGCAAACCAGCAAGCCUGGGUCACUUCCCUACUCAAGCACAAGCCUCUCUUCGAGGACCCCCAAUGGACAGACAUAGACUGCCCUUCCCUGUGCCAGAAACACUGGGCCGGUUUUGAGCCUAUGGAUGCUGGAAAGUCUCCGAAACGAAAGGAUUUCCUGGCAAUUGCCGUCCAGGCGAGCCUCACAAACUAUGUGGCUGAAAAGCUCAAAGCACUCAGCAAAGAGUCUAGGCGUGCGAAAGCACAAGAGCUUCUGGAGUUUGCCAUCAGCCCCAAAGCUGAUGGAGUUUCGGCUUGCGUGGCGCUUAGUGGAGACUAUACGGAUUUCCAUCACGACAUGCCUGACACCAAGGUCCUCGAGGUGUUGCUUGCUAAUGGAGCAAGCCCGCGUGUGGAUAGGAGGGUUUGGGUCAACGCAGUCAAAGCAGGAAAGUUAUACUUUGCGCAGCAGAGCAUGGCCGUCUCACACUUAUUGCAGAGUCGCACAAGCACACUUCUGAUGCUCAACAGGCAGAGAUGGGUUACCGCAAUAAAGGCGCUUCUGCUACACGGAGCAGAUCCGCAUAUCAGUAUCGAGAUACGUCGCGGUUCUGGCGAAAGUCGAUCCACCGAGGAGAGGAGCGCCAUAGAGAUCAUUAUUGCCAUGCUUGAUGGGGAGCCAGACUUCGCUCUAGAGUUGCGAGAGUUGCAGGCACUUGUAUAUCCGGGAUCACGACAGAGUAUGAGGUCAGGCUAUGCAAUUCGUUGA